AUGGCCUCUGCCACUGGACCAUCUGAUGCUCGCUUCGAGACCACCGCUGCGUGGCAAGCGGCCGAAACUUCCAGCACCCAGCUGCAGAGCGAGGUAGAGAGGAACGCGCAGCAAGCGCAUCAGGUUGCUGAGCAGGCAGCAAAUUCUGCUCAGUUUAAGCAAGUAUCCACGGGGGUUGCCGUCGAAAGGCUAGAGGAAGGCCUCAGCGUGAAGACCAACGACGCCGUCGCUGAGGGCCAGUCUAAUGUCGCGUCCGCAACGUCAGCAGCUGGCAGCUACGUGCAGCAGGCCCGCGAAAUCGUUGGCGGUGCUAUGGUUACUGCUGCUUCGUAUCUCCCGUCUUCUGUCCCCGGCUCCACUGCUUCUUCCACCGACACAGAAGGCAACCCUAUUGCUGGCAACACUGUCGCAUCCAGCCUCCAAUCCGCUGCAGGCGCUGCAGUCGAGGCUGCCAAGACUGCUUUGUCCGCCGCGCAGCCUCAUGUAGAGAGGCUCGCGACCGCUGCCCGCUCUACUGCAGAAGCUGCGACGCAGUCCGCUUACCAAGCGACCGGCGCUGGUCAAGCUUCUUCCAAGCCAGAGCCCGUCCAGCCAACCACUGCUCCGCUCGAGUCCAGCGGCGGUGUUGUCGGAGGGCCCUACCCCGCAACGACCACAAACGGCAAGUCAAAUGUGGCGUCGGUGUAAAGGCAGAGAAUAUUUGGGAUGAUUGACCGUUUCAUGUAACGAUAC